AGCCGCGGCAGUGUCAGCUGGACAGCCCGCACUGCUGGCCGCACACGGGACGGACUUCUCUCCAGGGCGGAUCAUUAUAAUAACAAUUCUAAUAACAAUAAUCAUUCACCACCAUGGCUCAAGCGAAAAUACAGGCGAAAAUGAGCGAUGCUCCCUGCGCCAAGUUCAGCAGGACGCUGUCCAUGGCCGAUCGCUCCGGACGACUUCUGGAGAGUUUGGAUCAGCUGGAAGUGAGGGUGGAGACUUUACGCGAAGCAGCAUCGGCCAUGGAGCAGGAAAGGGAGUGCAUCCUGGAGGCGAUUCAGUCCAUACAGAGCGGACAAGAAAUGCGCAACGUCUGCGCUGGGGAGAGAGAAGAGUUAGAGUUAACUGCAAACCGUCUCAUGGGCCGCACGCUGUCUGUGGAGAUCUCCGUCGGAACAAUCAGGAACUCGGAGCAGGAGGAGGCGUUGCACAAGGCCACGUCCAUAAUUGACGAAAUAGUGAAAAAGCUGCUGGAUGACUUGGCCAGCGGCCGGCAGCGGCUGCAGGCCCUGCACGCCGCCUGUGUGACCGAGGCCCCGCCCGUCCCCAUCGAUCAGAAGUUUCAGGCCAUAGUGAUCAGCUGUGCUCUGGAGGACCAGAAGAAGAUCAAGCGCAGGCUGGAGACUCUGCUGAGGAACGUUGAAAAUGCUGACAAGAACAUCAAGAUCAUGGACCACCAAAAACUGGAGGUCCCGAAAGCCAAUGGCUGUCCAUAAGACUCGACAUCGAAACAUUGAGUGUGUCUUUAAUUCCACUAACCUCACCAAGAACUGUUGUACUAACUUUUAGAAAGACCUACAUGUAGCAGCAAACAAGUCCUUAUGGGAAAAGUUGAAGUGAUACUGAACCUUAGGGCCAAAACACAGUAAACACCAUCAUUCUCCAUGAAGGAACGUUACAGUGAUUUCUAAGCAUGAGCUACUUUUACCUUUGAACGAUUGCAUUUACACUGACCUACUUAAAAUGGAUUGUUUCUGUGUAUACCCAGUACACUGUGUGUGUUCACAUAUGCACUUAAAACAGAAAAAAAGUACAAUGGCGUCGUGCUCCAUUGGACGUUUGGUCGCAGUUUGUUGGAAAAUCUUUUUUCUGUUGCCUCGUCUUACCUUUCCAGUCAGGCACUCUGUAAGGAUUCUGGAUGUGUAAACACUACCUCUUUGUGUGAAGGCAGCACAGACCACACCAGGCAGUGGGGUAUAGUUCAUGUUUGCACAAAGCUGUUUUUAUGUUUGACUAUGUAUCAAAAAAGUAA